UCGCGAUCAGCAGAAUCGGCGUUAUCCGAUCAGAUCAUUGAAUCUUUCGACAAGACUCAAAUUGAUUUCGAAACACUCGCCGGAGAAGCCAUGCCGGUGUUCAAGGCGCCGUUUAACGGCUACUCAGUGAAAUUCAGCCCCUUCUACGAGUCACGCCUCGCCGUCGCGACUGCUCAGAACUUCGGAAUCCUCGGAAAUGGCCGGAUCCACGUGCUCGAGCUCGCUCCCGGAGCUCCCGGAGUCACCGAAUCCGUCGCUUUCGAUACAGCCGACGCCGUAUACGACGUCUGUUGGUCGGAAUCUCAUGACUCCGUACUCAUCGCCGCCAUCGGCGACGGCUCCGUGAAGAUUUACGACACAGCUCUUCCUCCUCCGUCUAAUCCGAUUCGAUCUUUCCAAGAGCACGCGCGUGAGGUACACUCCGUAGAUUACAACCCCACGCGCCGGGAUUCCUUCCUCACGGCGUCGUGGGACGAUACGGUGAAGCUCUGGGCCAUGGAUCGUCCCGCGAGCAUCAGGACAUUCAAGGAACACGCGUAUUGCGUUUACCAGGCGGUUUGGAACCCUAAACACGGCGAUGUAUUCGCCUCUGCUUCCGGAGACUGUACCCUGAGGAUUUGGGAUGUGCGAGAGCCUGGAUCCACCAUGAUCAUCCCUGCUCACGAUUUCGAGAUACUGUCCUGUGACUGGAACAAGUAUGACGAUUGCAUUUUGGCUACUUCUUCUGUGGACAAGACGAUCAAGGUGUGGGACGUGAGGAGUUACAGAGCUCCGUUGGCUGUGCUCAAUGGGCAUGGAUAUGCGGUGAGGAAGGUGAAAUUCUCGCCGCAUCGGAGGAAUUUGAUGGCUUCUUGCUCCUACGACAUGACUGUUUGCCUUUGGGAUUACAUGGUGGAGGAUGCUCUUGUGGGUCGUUAUGAUCAUCAUACAGAGUUUGCUGUUGGGAUUGACAUGAGUGUUCUUGUGGAAGGUCUAAUGGCGAGCACAGGUUGGGACGAGCUUGUCUACAUUUGGCAGCAAGGGAUGGAUCCAAGAGCGAGUUGAAAAAGCUAAGUCUUUUGAUCAAAAGAGACUCCUUUUUUAUUUAUUGUGGAAUUGGUUCUGUUUUGUUUUGUUAGUUGGAAUAAAAUUGGGAUCUUGCAUAAGAGCGGAUGUAAUUGAUGGAAAUUUCACAGAUGAUUAAGCUCCUGUUUUAGUGUAUACAAUACAUGAGCUUGUUACAAGAAGAGCUGAUCGAAACACAUACUAGCUUUGAUAUGAUAUGAAGGUAUCGAAAACAUAGUUUAACUCUUGAUCAGAGAAAUGAAAUUGUUAGCAUGUUGCAACAAAAAAAAGAAGUAUAUUUCAAAUAAAGAAAGGUCCUUUUUUA